GAAUUACUGUCCGCACAUGGGUGGUAAGGAACAAUAUUCAAUAUCCCCUCUUCAGAUUUCAGGGUUAGGGGAUGAGGUGCUGAUACAAAACAUAGACACCUACGGAACCCCUUACCCUAAAGACGUCGACCCCGACGAAACGAUCUCACAGGGUGGUUACGCCUCUCAUAUUCGAGCUCACGAAUACUUCGUCUUUCUCAUCCCCGACGCCAUCCCCUCCCACCUCGCCGCCCCGAUGCUUUGCGCGGGUCUAACCGUCUGGUCUCCCCUCGUGCGCGCCAACGUCGGUCCCGGGCAACACAUCGCCGUGGUCGGCCUCGGCGGACUAGGCCAUUUCGCCGUCAUGUGGGCGACGGCUCUCGGAGCCAACGUAACCGUCAUCUCGCACUCGCCCUCCAAGAAAGACGAUGCUUUGAAACUUGGCGCGAAGCACUUCAUCAACAACGGCGACAAGGAUUGGGCGAAGCCAUUGGCGUUCGCGUUCGACUUCGUGCUCAACACGGCGGAUAUGACGCACACGUUUGACAUCAGCCAGUAUCUGUCGAUCCUCAAGGUGAACGCACGGUUCCACCAGGUCGGGCUGCCGGAUCAGUCGAUUCCGAAUUUGAAGCCGCAGCAGUUCAUGGCGAAUGGGUCGAGCAUUGGGGCUAGCCAUAUCGGGAACCGCCCUGAGUGCUUGGCGAUGUUGAAGUUGGCGGCCGAGAAGAAGCUUUUUCCUAUGGUCGAGACGCUGCCCAUUUCUGCGGAGGCGUGUGCGGAGGCCGUGGAGAGGGUGAAGAACAAUAAGGUACAUUAUCGGUUUGCGUUGACGGAUUACAAUAAGGCUUUCGGGACAUGAAGUACGUAGAAGGGGACACGAGCAUGAAUAAAAUCAUUUUAAUUUAUGGUUCAGCGGGUCUUGGCUUAUCAGUAGAAGGAC